CCAGCGCGCUCCCUCCGCUGCACUGACAGCAGACAGCUGAGUCACAGAGUGUUCAGGAGGCUCGCGCUCAUCACAGCAGGUAAACAGGGAGGGAAGCAGCCGCUGAGCCCGAGGACUUGACCCGACAGCAGCGAACUGUGGCCGCCGCCGCCGCUCCGGAACCAUGCUGACGAUAACACUGAAGACCCUCCAGCAGCAGACGUUCAAGAUAGAGAUAGAGGCAGAGGUGACGGUGAAAACUCUGAAGGUGAAAAUAGAGGAGGACAGAGGGAAAGAUGCAUUUCCUGCUGCAGGACAGAAACUCAUCUAUGCAGGCAAAAUCUUGAAUGAUGACAUCCCGUUGAAAGAGUACAAAAUCGAUGAGAAAAACUUUGUGGUGGUCAUGGUUACCAAGCCUAAACCAAACCUUCCUCCACAAAAAGCUCCUCAGCCAACUUCUCAACCAGCUGCAGCCUCAGCACCGCCCUCAACCUCAGCACCGGCCUCUGGUCCUGCACAAGCACCCUCCACACCGACACACACAGUGUCUGUGCCCACACCUGCCCCACAGGCAGUGCCUCCUCCUGAAUCCCCAUCUUCAUCCCCAGUCCCAGAAAACACAGAAUCGACUCCUGCUGAAGCAUCAGCAGCUCUGGACUCAAAUGUAACCCCAGACUUAGCUCCUGACUUGGCUCCAGCUGUCACUCCAGCCUCUGCCCUGGCUUCAGCCUCUGAAACGGAUCAAACAGCCUUGGCCACUGCAGACCCCACCACUCCUGCUACGCAGCUAGAAGACAAUCCAAGGGAAAACCCUGAGAAUGAACCAUCCAUCACGGCACCAAUGCGCUCUUCGGCUUCAAGCCUUGUUGAUGAACUGGGACUCCUUGAAGAAGCAGCAUCAAUACUGGUGACAGGUCCGGCCUAUGAGAACCUGGUGUCAGAGAUCAUGUCUAUGGGUUAUGAGCGGGAGCAGGUAGUUAAUGCACUCAGAGCCAGUUACAACAACCCAGACAGAGCAGUGGAGUACCUACUGAUGGGUAUUCCAGCAGAGGCCAGUGAUCUGCCACCUCAAGAGCCAGUUAGACACAGUGCUCCAAACCCCCCAAACCCUGCCACAGAGGCACCGCAGCAACCCCCAGCAACCUCUAACACAGGGCCAGUGUCUAGCAGUCAGCCUCCCCCUGCUGGUGGAGGUUCUGUCGCCACGGCAAACCCUCUGGAGUUCCUAAGGAAUCAACCACAGUUCCAGCAGAUGAGACAGAUCAUCCAGCAGAACCCAGCUCUCUUGCCAGCCCUGCUGCAGCAGCUGGGCAGAGACAACCCACAGCUGCUGCAGCAAAUCACACAGCACCAGGAGCGUUUUGUACAGAUGCUGAAUGAGCCUCGAGGCGGAGACACGGGAGACGAGGGCGCCGAGGCCCAGGGGUCUCCACAGACAAACUACAUCCAGGUCACCCCACAGGAGAAGGAGGCCAUUGAGAGGUUAAAAGCGCUGGGCUUCCCUGAAGGCUUAGUCAUCCAGGCGUACUUCGCAUGUGAGAAGAAUGAGAAUCUGGCUGCUAACUUUCUGCUCCAGCAAACGUGGGACGAUGAGUAAGCAGACAACACCUGACACAUCACCGUUGGACAGAGGGUUUUGGGAGUGGGUGACAGUGCAAUGCAAAAUCCACUGGAGACGGACAGGGACGUGGGGAGGAAGACAACCUUUUUUUUCACGCCAUUGUGACUGUGGUCUGAUGAAGAUGCUGACGAUAACGACAACGAUAUGCUGUUCAAAGUUCGCUGUGCUGCCUGCUCUCCAUACUGCUGUGAUGAUCAUCAAAGGAGCUCCCACCGAGCUGUACCUCACUGCUGCUACAUUAUUACUGCUGCCGCUUGAGCUGAGAGGAGACAUGUCAACAGUAUGCAUCACCUUCACAGGCGUUUACUGUAUGGAGAGUGUUUCUACUGCAGUCAGCUCACACAACAUGUGUUAGACUACUAUACAUACACAGUAGACAUACUGCACAGUGUGUUUGUAGUGAAUGUAUACACGAUAAAAACUAAUGCGUGUUCAGAAACUUUCCAUGUUGGAUUUACGUGAAAAUGUGAUGCAAACUGUUGACUUCACUGUUUUGAGAGCUAGCACUGCUUUAUAUUAAAGUUUAGGCCUGGUCUGGUCAUUUCUUCAGCUUCUUUUGUCCUUUGGAAAGAAAAAUCUUUUAAAACAUCUCAAACCAAACAAGUCCAAACAGCACAGAUGUGUUCUCCAGGUGUGCUCCUGUGGUUCCAUAUUUGCUGGUAGAGCAUUUGAAACUGCCUGUUUCCGCUGGCAAAAUAAAAGAAUUAUGAAAUAAUACAUACAUCAAUUUGGAUUUUUUUGUAAAAAUUUAACCAAUCAUCAUUUUUAAUUUCCCAUAAUUGGGCUCAGAAUUUUUAGUUUUUGUAAUAUUUUAUGUUGUCAUUUUAGUUGUUCCAAACUUAUGUAGGGAUGUUGCUUUUUUUGGCAGAAAUGGGCUGCCAAAAAAUCUAGACAUUCAAAGGGAGGUAGAAUGUAUCUGCUGUAAGUGAGCAGUUAACACCAUAAAAAGAAUAAGCGGUACAGUCACAGUAAAUAACGCUGCCUUGUUUUUAAGAUAACGUGUGUGCAGUAGUGAUGUGUUGUGUGGGAGAAGUGGAUCUCUUGAUUUAGUCUUUUAUGCUGUUUGACUUUGGAGGACUUUUUGGUUCUGUUGUUUGAACGUGGAGGAAUUUGAAGGUUGUUGAUGAAGUGCCACUCUACUUUGCAAGCAUGACUUAUUUGUCAUGUUUUUUAUUUUUAGAGAAAGGUUGUUUUCAGUAUUUCUUAGCUGGAAUGAACAGGCAUAGUCCACGUCCUAUGUUCAGCCAAUCAAGUUCUUUUGUGAUUGUUUCACAUUUUCUAUGCAUUUUAAAGCUGUAAGACUUUGAGCCAAUGCUCCUACAUGCCUUACUGGUAGACUUGGACAUUACCAUACAGUGUUUCACAUAUUUCAAAGUUCAAUAUUGUAGGAUUUGUGACCUUUGUCAAACUUUGAAUUAUUGAUAAUUUAUGAGUCGUUGCCUCAAACAUGGUCUAAAAGGAAGCUGAAUAAGUGCUAGAAGCCAAAACCAACACACAAAAAAAGAUAUAUUUUCAGCAUUCAGCAUGUGCUUUGCUGUUUCUCCUGUUACUUUUCUAUAUUUUGUUUGAAUGGAACUGACUGCAGCCGGAAGUAAACUGUGGGGGGAAGGCACUUGAAUGUGGAAUAUGCUGCUCUAGCUUGUGAGGAGUUGUUGAUUGCAUGAGGUGAUGAAACCACCAGUAUCGUGUUGCUCUGAUCUCAGUUUAUCUGUUGUUUUCUUUUCUUUUUGGUUUUAUGAAAAUUAUUUAAAAAAAAAGUACUUACAGCCGUAAAUACUCUGGUUGAGGUUUUGCUGAAUAUUUGGGGGGAAAAUAAACUUUUGUUCCACCAUUGUGUAAAAUAAAUUGCUUUUACAAAGCGA